AUGGGGAACAAUGGAAGCUCGCUUUCCGAUCUGAAUCUCUUCUCAAAGGGUGCCGUUUUCAACCGGGAGCAAUUGGACGAAUAUCAGGACUGUACGUUCUUCACAAAAAAGGAUAUCGUUCGUCUGUACAAGCGGUUCUACGCGCUGAAUCCUCAAAAAGUGCCGACGAAUAUGCAAGGCACGAGGCCGUCGAUCGUCACGCUCACAUUCGAAGAAAUCGAAAAGAUGCCGGAACUGCGGGAAAACCCAUUCCGAAGGAGAAUCUGUGAGGUGUUUUCGGAGGAUGGCAGAGGGAACCUAACGUUCGACGACUUCCUGGACAUGUUUUCUGUGUUCUCAGAAAUGGCACCGCUUCAGCUGAAGCUCAAAUAUGCAUUUAGAAUUUACGACUUCGAUAACGACGAUCUUCUGGGUCACGAUGACCUAAGCAAAAUGAUUCGAAGCCUGACGAGAGAUGAAUUAACUGACGAGGAAGUCGAAUUCAUCAUAGAAAGGAUUAUCGAAGAAGCCGAUCUCGACGGUGACGACCGCAUCAACUAUGCCGAAUUUGAGCAUGUCGUCUCACGAUCUCCCGACUUCAUCCGAACGUUUCACAUAAGAAUAUGA